AUGCAGUUAUCAUUUCGCUUCGCGGAUGGUCGCUCAGUCGGACCUCUUGAAUUCGAGCACCACGUGCGCAUUGAUGAUGUGGCUUCUCACUUGAAAGCAGUAGUGAAGCCCACAGAAUCCGUGUAUGCGCGUCUUCUUUGGGAGAGUUCGUGGCUGCCACCCGGUCAGAAGCUCUCAGAAACUUCGCUUAACGAUGGGGACGUGCUGGAGACACUCUGGGCUUCGGCAUCGCCCCUGCCAGAAAACGGGAAUGACGGAGCAGAAGUCCUGCCAAGGCGCCGCGCGAACCUUUUGAAGUGCAGCGAAGAUUCUGCGGGCCGUUUGGACGUUCUUGAUUGCUCAGGAAUGUACAAGCUUGACCGGGACUUGGAUGGGUUUGAGCAAUGCAUCACUCCAUCACUACAAGUGCUGGAUAUUCGCCAGUGCGCCUUCAAAGCAGACUUCAUUCGGAGGAUUUUCGCAAAAGUGCCCGCAACUCUGAAGGAGCUACGUGCAAGCAGGAACAUCAUUCGUGGAUCUGCAUUGGAGUGCCUUUGCGACCGGGGACUUAGCCUGAGGGUGCUGGACAUUGGCUACUCCCACUGCGAGGACUGCUCUUCAUUGCCCCGCAUCGGUGGCAUUGCCGAAGGCUCUGUGGAAGAGCUUGUGAUUGGAGAUCUCGAGUCCUUGACGGAAAAGCCAAGGUUGCUGGCUGAUGUGCUGCCGCUGUGUCCGCAGCUCAAGCUAGUUGACUUCGCCUGGAAUAACCAAGAAUCUUUUUUGUCCAACACACUUCAAAGCUUGGCCCAGCACUGUCCUCUUGUUGAAGCGGUGUACGGCUACCGCACAGAGCCGGAAGCCCCUCAGUUGCUCGAGCUUCUGUCUCGAUGCCAGAAUGUGACACACUUGGAAGUUUCCGGUAUCUCCUCCCCCGAGGUUAUCUCGAACAUGGCACAGCUCCCAUCGUUGAGGUCUGUCCGUCUGGAGUUGACAUCCUCGGAGGCGGAGUUGAUGAAGGCAAUGUGUCGCCUUAAGGUAGAGACACUGUAUCUCGAGUUCGGAUGGGUCGAUGACGACGACCACGACGAGGAUGACAUAGAGUUCGCACUGGAUCUCUGUGAGAACCCAACAGAGCUCACAGAGCAUUUUUCCAGCUCAUCAGCAACAAAUGUUUCCCUUGUGGUCGCUGGAGUGGAACCGAGCAUCCUUGAAGCAAUAGGGUCCCGCUUGCAUCAGCUGGGGCCUCUCAGGGCCCACAGCGCAGAUCAUCCUAUCUUGGAGGCGCUCGUGCAGGCUCCCAGUUGCUGUGUCAACCUUGUGCGACUGGACAUCAACUUCUACGAACAGAUUGACGCGGGCACAUUGGCCACAGUGGCCGAGAGAUGCCCUUCCUUGAAGAUUGUUAUGUUGAAUGCCGACGAGAACGGCUUUCAGAAAACUCCGAUCGAUGAGGGCAUCCUAGCGCUUGGCCGGCAUUGUAGCAAGCUGGAGCACCUGGAUCUCUACGAUCGUCUUCUGCAAGAUCCUGCUACGACGCUGGCCACUGCAGUGGCUGGGUGGCCGCACCUGCGCUACCUUUGCGCUGCUAACACCACCGAGAUGUCUUGGGUCGACGCAGAUCCAGAUUGCCGAAUCUUUCGUGCGCUGGCCGCCCAUUGCCCGUCUCUCCAAAACGCCGUGUUUUAUGACAUGCCAGCAGACUGGACAGGCAUCCUUCAGGGGUCUUGUCCUCUCUACGGAGAGCUCGACUUGGACUCAGACUCCGAGUAG